GGAGAGUGGCGCCCCCACCCCCGCCCCAGGGCGCCGUCGUGGACGGGGCAUCGGCGUAUUUCGAGGUAGUGCUGUCGUCGAUCCCGCCGCCGGAGGCGGAGCUGGUGGCGCCCACGACCGCAUCGGCGGGGUGCGACCUGGUGCUCGACGCCUCAGGGUCCAGCGAGCCGCAGGGCGAGGCGCUCGCCUUCAGCUGGGCCUGCCUCUCCGGUGGCCUCUGCGAGCAGCUCGCGGCCGCGGCCUCCGGGGACACGCUGCUGGUGGCGGGCGGGUCGCUCGAACCGGGGGAGUACCGGUUCUCCGUCACCGCGGCGCGCGCGUCGGACGGGGCCCAGGGCGUGGCCGAGGUCACCGUCCUCCUCAGCGCCGCCGCGAGCCCGGUGGUGUCCAUGGCGAAGCCGCCGGCGGAGGUCUCGCCCCAGGCCACGCUUGCCCUGACAGCCUCGUCCGCCGUGUCUGGCGAGUGCGUGGCGCCCGAGUGGAAGGCUUGGUGGCUGGUGCCCGAGACUGCAGGCUCCGGCGAUCCCGUCCUGUUGCAAGACUCCGAGUCGGCGUUGAGCCUCAGCUUUGCCCCGCCCCUGCCCGUGGCGCCCGGCGCCUACGUCCUGCGGCUGGUGAUGUCCGCGAGCUCGGGCGCGGGCUGGCAGGACCUGCCCGAGGGCGCCUUCGCCUUCGACUCCGCGGCCUUCGAGGUGGAUGCCCCGCCGGAGGGCGGCGCGGUCGUGGUGAGCCCCACGGCGGGCGACGCUGCCCUGACCCCCUUCCUCCUCUCCUCGCUGUACUGGGUGGACGACGACCUCCCGCUGAUGCACAAGUUCUCGUGGUGCUACGGCGGCACCGUCAACUGCAGCGCCAGCUCCGCAGUCUUCAAGAGGAUCACCGGCUGGUCCUACGACGACCGCUUCCAGAACAUGCUCUUCGCCAGCCCCGGCCUCGUUGCGGUGAGGGCGGAGGUCAUGGACGACCUGGGCUCCGUGAGUUCGGCCCUGGGGCAGCUGACGGUGCGCCAGGCGACCGAGGCGCCGAGCUCCGAGGCCAUCCUGGGACUGGUCGGCGACAUCGCGGCCACGGGCAACAGCUACGCGCUGCUGGCGGCCGUGGAGGCCGUGGCGCCCGCCAGCGGGGGCAGCUCGUGGAUGGGCUCACUCCUGGACCAGGUCGAGGUCGCGGGCGGCGACUCGCUUGCGGAUCCCUCGCCGGAGUCCGUGGCCGCCACGGCGUCGGCCAUCAACACCGUGAUCGGUGCCGGCAGCAAGUCGGACUCUGGCGCCGCGAUGCCCGUUGACAUCGACGUCGCGUCGCAGGCGGCGGACCUGCUGCUCUCGUCCGCGACGGCCGCGACGUCGCUCGAGGGCGGGCUGGCGGGCGACCCGGAGACCACCAGCACGAUCCUCGGAGCGGUCGGUUCGCUGCUGAGCUCGGUGGCGCCCCCGACGACGAACGCCAGCGAGAGCUCCGAGGACGGGGUGGCGAAGCAGGCGCUCAGCUCGCAGCUCCAGCUGACGGUCGACAGCGUGGGCGAGGCCCUCCUUGUGGGUGUGGCCGAGGGGCAGUCGCUCACCUCCAGCAGCCCGACGCUUGAGCUGACCGUGUCCAAGGAGAGCCUGGACACCAUGGCGGAAAACCCGACCACCGCCGGCAGCUUCACCCUCCCGGCGAUUCCGCAGCUGCGGCGGUACCGCCGAGACGCGCGCGACGACGCCUGCGGGAGCGUCGGGCUGAAGCACACGAUGAAGAAGGCAGUUCAACCGAGCCCCGAGGACUUUGCUCUGGCCAUGCGUGAGAUCUUCAGUGGCACUUACCGAUCCCCACUGGCGAGUUCCUCCAUCACCGAGCCUAGUUUUGACGAGGACGAGUUGGACAUCGCCAUUGACCGGAUGAGGAAAAACAAGGCUGCAGAUACCAAAG